AUGGAAAAAGUGGAGGUGUUGUCGAAUGAGGAGAGAACUCGCGUUGAAGCACUGUUACGUAUCUGUUUCUGGGAUGUAGAGAAUUUCGAUAAGAACGUUACUUACAAAUUUGUUGUGCUAUCGGAUAACAGAAGUUUCUGGUCAAAAAUUAUUCGAGUGCUUCUAAGCUGGAAAACAGCUGAACUAGCACGACUUCAUCCGAAAUCACUUUUUAUGAAGAUACCACGAGUCUCUGAUAAUGUAAAGAACAUCGAGACAAAAAUGUACGACAAGGAUCAGGAAAAUAAAGAUGCUGAAGUUCUCGUUACUUUAACAAAGUAUGAAUUAUCAUGGUAUCAAUGCUACGGAAAUGAUAAAAUUCCCUAUUUCCCCAUGCCUAAAUUCUAUGGUGCUGAAGACGUAACUGAACCAGGAACAGGAAUUCUUGCAUUGGAAGAUUUGAGUGAUCGUAUCAAAGCUAUGGGAUUAUUUCCUGGUUUUUCUCUAAAUCAGCUUGAAAGAGUUAUGGACGCUUUGGCCGGAUUCCAUUAUCAUUUCAUCACGGAAAAGAGUCAGUCGUGGGUUGCACAUUUUGAUCGCACAUCUGAAAUUGAUCAAGGGUUCCAGGAUUUCCAGUUCGAAGCUGCUCUCAUGUUCGAGAAUAUUCGUCCAGAAUUGUUCAAAGGAAAAAUGGCAGCGAUGAAAGGAUGUUUCAGUGUUGAUGCAGCAAUCAGUGCUCAUUAUUCAUUCGAAGAAUUAGGAGUGCCACCAGUUCUCGUACAUUGCGAUAUGAAUCCUACGAAUCUGCUAUGGGAUGUUGAUUUCAAAGAGCUGGUAGCAGUGAUCGAUUUCCAAUUAUUACAUACUGGUAACUUCGCUGAAGAUAUUGUAAGGAUUUUAUUGUUGACAAUGCCACGACAACAACGACAGAAGCACACGAAUAUGUUGCUGAAACGUUAUCAUGACACAAUUUCGGCGCUGUUCAACGGGAAUCCUCCUUACACUCUUCAAAAGGUACACGAGGCAUAUGAUCGGAUCUUCAUGUACGCAUGCAACUUCGCAAUAUUCGCUAUGGGCACAUAUUAUAAUAUGUAUAAUAAUAUUGAGAAGGAUGAUAUUAAACGAAAUCAAAUCCAGGAAGAAAUUAUUGACAGAGCAUAUGGUACAGUAAUUGAAGCCGAACGUUUAAUGAAUUCACGAAAAAGUGGUGGUAUGAAUGGUCGAAAAGCUAUUAACCUAGCUGUGAGUUUCGGCAACUGCACUCAUUUCGCCACAAACUUUAAAAGAGGUGGUAUAGACAGACUUACCGGUGAUAAUGAAGAAAGGAAAGGAAACGAGAAGCAGGACAUUCCCGAAGAUCCUGAGGUCCUCGCGGCACGUCAAGAGCAGGAGGAAAGAAGGAAGGAGAAGCAUCGAAAAAUGGAAGCGGAUCGUGAAAAAAUGCGCAGAAACAUCAGGGAGAAGUAUAAUAUCAAAAAUAAAGAUGAUGAAAAUGAGCAAGUGGAAGGACGAAUUAUGGGGAAUCGUAAGACACCGGAACAAGUUGCUAUAGAGCACAAACAAGCAGAUGAUAGUAUUCUUGCACAGUUGGGACUUACAGAAGUAGUGGAUAAGGCAAAAACAACGGUGAAUGGAGCAUUGGAUACGUUGAAAGGGAUCGUUACCUUCGGUCCAUUCUCAAAAUAG